AUGAUAGAGCAGAGAUUUUUCGGGACUAAAAACAACCAAAUUCGGUCGGGAACCGGGAAUUAUUAUAAGGAAUUGACGUCGGAAUUGGGUUUAAUUUUUGCCCAACCCCGGCCGUCACCUAACAGCCUAUCACGUGACAGCACUCGAUCCCAGCGAAUAAUGUUAACCAUCAUACUAUGUGACUGUUUGAUGGCCAUCGAGGUUAUCACUCGCCAAUCCGUUAUAAUGCCAGUGAUUGACCACGUGGUGAUUGAUUCUACCUUAACCCUAUCUAUUGUCCAGUCUGUCGACAACUAUUUUGACUCUACCCUACUAUACGUCCAGUCAUUUGCAUUUGUGGCCCUUUCGUGGGACCGAUACUACGGCAUAUGUCGACCGCUCGACAACCCCUUUGACCGCAUGUCAAACACACGGAUACACCUGUGGAUAGCGAUUCCCAGCGCUGUCCUAUCCGUGCCAUUUGUGAUCACAUCAUAUGUGUAUUACUUUGAUUACGGUCGCAAUGCGUUAGUCUGCGCCAAUACCGAGUCUUAUUAUAUGUCAACACUUAACAAAAACAAUACGCUUAAACUGGUGGCCAAAUACUUCCGCACGUUUACCCAGUUUAUUAUACCCUUACUGAUGAUUGGCUACUGUACAACCCGCAUAAUCACACACCUGUACUCUAUGGGGGCCCACUCGCGGCACGCGGUGGCCAAACGAUUGGUGGCCAUACUUAUCGUGUUUAUCAUUAAAAACAUUGCCUUUCACUCGGCCACCAACUACUCCAUAUUCACCUCGCCCGAAACGUGCCAACUGUCUACUCGUAACUACGUGUGCACUGUAAUAGUGAGGGCGACGGGCUUUUUGGACUCGUUGAUUUUUUUCUGGGUGGCCACCCGUUUCCGGCGCCAGUGCUUAGACUUGGCGACCAGUUGUGUCCGCGAGUUUGCUCGAACCAGGCAAAUGACCGUGGUGGUUAAGUUUUGCAGCGGUGGGGCUAAUAUUGCUGCUACUGGUGGUGAUGGGGGUGGGGGUGAGUGUAAGACUGCCAAAGUUGAGGCGGGUGUCAAGGAUAGUGUGACCACUUUUAGUACCCGUUUGCACCGUCGGGUAGAUCUUCGUCAGGAGGUUAUAUUAUUACAAUGCGUGGUAAUACCAAUCAUUGGCCACAUCACUGUCUACACUGGUCUCUCCCCAUCCAUUGUCGGCUCUAUUGAUAAUUAUAUAAUUACAAUCUUAUUGUACAUCCAAUCGCUCGCAUUUGUGGCCCUUUCGUGGGACCAAUAUUACGGCAUUUGUCGGCCACUCGACAACCCCUUUGACCGCAUGUCAAACACACAAAUACACCUGUGGAUAGUGGUUCCCAGCGCUGUCCUAUCCCUACCAUCUGUAGUCUCAAAGUAUUUGUAUUACUUUGACUACUGGAAUAAUUUAUUGAUUUGCAUAGACAACCAUGCUUAUUAUAUGCCGGCCCUCAACGGUAGCUAUGUAUUUAACAUGAUAGCUCAAGUUACCACGCUAAUAAUUGAGUUUAUCGUACCGGCUCUGUUGAUUGGCUACUGUACGGCCCGCAUAAUUGCCAACCUGUACACUAUCGGCGACCACUCGCGGCAGGCGGUGGCCAAGCGAUUAGUGGCCAUACUUGUAGUGUUUAUUAUAAAAUACGUGGCCCUUCAAACGGUGACCAACCCGUCAAUAUUCACCUCACCCGACACGUGCCAACUGUCCACUCGUAACUUUGUGUGCGGAAUGGUGGUCAGGUUGACCGGCUUUUUGGACUCGAUGAUUUUUUUCUGGGUGGCCACCUCUUUCAGGCGCAAGUGCCUUGACAUGUUGGUCAAGUGUGUCCGCUGGCUGUGCCGUACAAUGUUAGUUAUCAUAACGCUUUGUGGGUUUAGGGUUUUGGUUAAAUACAGUGUGGCCAGUGUUAAGGCCCGUAUGGAUCGCCGUCGUACAUUUCCCAAAGUGGCAUUUUACGCGCAAACACUGGGCACCGGGCAGUUAUCGUUGUUUAAUCUACUCAAAGCCUAUUCACUAUACGAUACGGAAGUUGAAUAUUGUCAGGGAUUAAGUUUUGUGGCUGGAAUACUAUUGCUUCACGCAGGGCUGACCCGGGCAUAUACCCCGGUGCUCACCAAGGCGAUGAGUGAAGACGACUCGUACGAAAUGAUGAAAUACAUACUGUUUGAUAGAGGGCUUAGGAAACAGUACAAACCGGAUAUGGAUGCUCUACAGUUAAGGAUGCAAUUCUAUCAAUUGACUCGUUUACUAUACGACUACAAUCGGCCCCUCUAUCAGCACUUUGAGGCGCACGACAUAUCGCCCACCCUAUACGCCGCGCCCUGGUUUCUAACCCUAUUUGCCUCCCAGUUCUCCAUAUCAUUUGUCACGCGGCUAUUCGACAUACUAUUCCUGAUGGGCAUUGAGGCCAUAUUCCGUGUAUCGCUGGUCAUACUGGACAACCACACGGCCAGUAUAUUGCAGUGCGACUGCUUUGAGACCAUAAUGGAGUACUUGAAAGAGUCGGUGCCGGCGAUGGACACGGCUGCCAUUGAGGCCAUAUAUGACCGGGUGUUUGCGUUGUACGACAUCAGCGCACAGCUCCGGGUAUACGAAGUGGAGUACCGGGUGUUUCAGGAGGAGCUGUCCAUUAUAUCAGCGGCCAAUAGCCGGCCAGCGGUUACAGACAGCCCGAGUCGGACCGGCAAUACCAGUGGUGGACAUAGGGUUAAACACAGCCAACAACAACAGCACACGGAGACGACGGACAGGGAGGCUGUCGAAGAGCUAACGGCUCGGUGCCAGGAAUGGCAGUCGAAGUGCGCUCAGGCGACGGCCCAAUGCGACGGCUAUCAGAGCACAAUCCGACGGCUGGAGCAGCGGCUCAGGGCCUGCGAGGACGAGAAGGACGCACUCGUACACAGUGUUAACGUAUUGCAAAAGCGCAAUGAAAAGCUCGAGCGGCUCCACAAUGAGCGCCAGGAGCCCAAUGAUGACGGUAUUAAAAACAAGUCGAGAUCGGACCGGUUUAGCCUGAGUUCGGCGCCGGUAUUCAGCAUCAGCCGGGCGUCAGAGAGCCAGUCGGUCGAUGGCCAGUCGUCGGCGGCUGAGGCCAACGGGUCGUCGGACGGACACGACUACGACGGCGACGAUCUGGCCGUAGACGAGGACGACAUCGAUAUUAACGAAUCGGACAGCGAUUGCGGCGCCGAUAAGGACUCGGAUGACAGGCACGCCGUGCCCUUUGACCGCACGCAAAGCGAUACAAGCAAUUUGAUGGUGGAUAUGUUUGAGGUGAAGGGUUUUCAUUGA